AUGCGUAUCGAGAAAUGUUGGUACUGCAGUAGCAACAUCUACCCUGGCCAUGGGGUAAUGUUUGUACGGAAUGACGGCAAGAUCUUCCGUUUCUGUCGAUCGAAGUGUCAUCGUCACUUCAAGCGGAAGCACAACCCUCGUAAGGCAGCCUGGACGAAGGCGUAUAGGGCCGCUCAUGGUAAGGAGAUGACUACCGACUCGACAUUCGACUUCGAGAAGAAGAGGAAUACUCCUGUCAAAUACGACCGUGACUUGUGGGUGAAGACGGUCCGAGCCAUGAAGAUAGUCGAUCGCAUUAGAACGGUACGCAAGGAGAGGUUCCAGAGGAACAGGCUGGCCGCACAGAGGAAGGUCCGCAUCCACCUCGCUGAGAAGGAGAUCGCCAAGCAGGGGCUUAUGAAGGCACGCCUGUGCUCAGGCGAGCUGCUCAAGAAGCCGAUCACCAAGCUGGACCAGAUGAAGCGUCGGGAGGAGCUCAAGCGCAAGGAGGGAGCUUUGCCCAGCCAAACCGAGAAGGUCCACAGGAUGGAUGCCGAUGGUGGUUCCGAUUCGGACUAG